AUGUGGAAGAUGCUUCAAAUUGUUGAUCUAGCUUUCAACAAUUUUAAUGGAACGCUGCCAGGACGAAUUUUUCCUACUUGGAAGGCAAUGAUGCUUGAUAUAAAUCAGACAGCAUCAAAGGCAAAUCAGAUCAUCUUUAGCUUCUUUGGAUUUGGCCAAGUGAAAUAUCAGGAUCGAGUGAUAGUUACCAUGAAAGGUCAGGAAAAGACCUUGAUUAAAAUUCUAACUAUCUUCACGUCUAUUGACUUCUCGUCCAAUCGUAUUGAAGGGUCAAUACCGGAAGAGAUGAUGGAUUUUACAGCACUCUAUGCGCUCAACUUGUCAAAUAAUAAUCUCGCAGGCCGAAUCCCAUCAUCCAUAGGGAAACUGCAACGGCUCGAGUCCUUGGACCUGUUAAACAACUCUUUUACUGGAGAGAUUCCAUCACAACUUGCAAAUUUGUCUUUCCUUUCAGUUUUGAACCUCUCCUAUAAUCAUUUCGUUGGAAGGAUCCCUACAGAGGUCUGGAAUUCGGUGUGGUAUUCGGCCUAG